GAAAACGGCUUGAUCAAAUGAAAUUGGAUGACGUUCUGGAUCGUCUCUCAAGAAAAAGUAGCUUGUCGUUGUCCUUGUCGUCUCAUCGGGAAAUAAAGAGUGUGCAGCUGUUUUCUCCUUCGCUCAAGGUUAUCGUACUGCCAAAUAAAAUUUGAGCUUGCUCUCAACGCCCUGAAGUAAAGAACUCACUGACUACCCCAAAGAGGUUGUCGAUUUCCUCACGGCGAUCAAAUUGCUACGGCGACACAUCAAGAAUUGGACACUGCUUGCUGCCCGUGCAGCCUGCCUGUAUCCUGUUGUUCCCGUACAUAUAAUUCGUUUGCACAACAUAACUCCAAUUGUAACUCAGCAAAACCCAUACCAAAAUGGCGCUUCUUUCGUCAGCCUCCACCGCUCUCGCCCCCUUCUUGUCUUCCUCUGGAAAUAAAAUGGCCACCACAUCAUCUUCAACUGCGCCUCUCGACCACACCCUCUACCUGUAUUCCACGGAAAAGCCUUGCAUCGUGUUGGAUUUCGGCCGCCGCUUCACAAAGAUCGGACUUUCUGGCGAGUCCCGUCCGCGUUUCGUGCUCGACACACCGGAACUGUACUAUCGGCCUUGGUAUGCUUUGCAAAUAUGUGUGGGUCUGAAAAGGUGGAACUUGUGAUGCUGCUUUUGAACAAUCCCAACAAAAUCUGUAUUGCCUGGGCAGCGAGAGAAGUCUAGUUUUCGGUGCGUGGAGCAUUUCUCAUUCGGCAUAGACAUCAAGAAGCAUUCAGAAAAUCUGUGAUGCUAGGAAAUACAUCACAGACGAGACGUCACGGGCCAUGUAAAAUGCGCAUGACAUACAAGUUGCAACCUUCCAGACCCGGCACGUUUGCAUCUGAUACUUGGGUCAGUGAACGGGUGAUCGCGACUUCCGCCUUGGACGACGGCGGGGGUGGGGGUGGAGGGGACGAUAAAGUAGAGGGAGACAAACAACGUCGAUCGACUUCCUCUUCAUCAAAAGCAAGAGCUAGUAGCUCGUCUAGCGCUUCGAACAAGUCCAUGACGCCAGCCAAGCCUCUCCGUGCCUGGAUCAAACUGCUCGAACCGCUUCUGGACAAGAUUUUUUUUCAGCAAUUGAAGCUGAAUCCCGUGAACAAGAGAAUCAUUCUCUGCGAGUCCCCCUUCCUUCCCCUUCCCUUCAAAUUAUGAAGUGCAAAAGCAUCGUGCUAGUACUAAUUGCAUUACAAAUUACCUUAGCGCGACAAAUGGAAUUUGUGAUGCUGUCUUACCUUGGGAUGGAGAUUUGUAAUGCAUAAUUGCAAUUACUACAAGCGCGAUACUUUUGCACAGGAUACAGAUCCGCGGUUUACUACUUGUUGUUCGAAAAGUUCAAAGCGGGCAGUGUGGUCAGCGUCUGCGACUUGCUGAUGCCACUGUAUUUGACGGGGACGUCGCGGAAGGAGAUAGAGUUUGAUGGUGGGAAAAUGCCAACAUCUGCUGACAAUUUCCUGUCAACGACGACGCCGAAUACUUUUCUUACAGGCAGUGCCCCUGCUGCCUCAGGAACAAUCACAACUUCCUCUUCGUCUUCGCCAUUUUCAAGUAAACCAAAGCCCGAUCCGCCAGAGCAGAUUGCCACCGGGAUUGUGAUCGACGUGGGGCAUGCGAGUACCCGGAUUCUCCCCGUAUUUGCCGGCGUGCCACUGUUGACCGCUCUGCAGGAGAUCCGAUACGGAGGAGAAUCGGUGACGCAGCAGUGGGAAACGAUGUUGGCGAAAGCAGCAACAGAACUUCCGUCUUUGAUGACAAAUAGCAUGACAGGCAAAACUGAGCAGGCGGAGGACUACAAGGUGAAGCUCGGGUUUUUAUGAAUUGCAAAAGUAUCGUGCUCAUAGUAAUUGCAGAUAUGCAUGACAAAUUGCCUCCCAGCGUAAGCGAGCAUGACAAUCUGUAUUUUUCAUCCUGCUGGUGCUGAGCAAACUUUUUCUUUUUGUAAAUGCAAUUUAUACUGAGUGCGAAGAUUCUUUUGCGCUGCAUACUCUGUCCGCUACAACAAUUUCCCUCCGCCCGACACUUCGAAGCCCGUGAAAGAGAAUUCGAUGGAGGAAGAGAAACUUUUCAGAGAACUGCUCGGGGAGGAUGGCCGUAGGUUUCUGAACAGGACUGCAGGAACAGGAAUGUCUUCGCUCACAGCUGCAGCUGCAGGAGCUGAUGCUGAUGGCACAACUACUAGUGCCCCAACAGGAACCACGAGGACGCCACCCUUCGUCAUCCCUAGCAGGGCCUCCUCCUCUUCUUCCUCCACAAGGCGCCCCUAUUGCCUAAAAUGUUGCCGGCCGCAAGAGAAAUGCUUCAGGAACUACGAGAUCUUGACCACCUCCAGUGCCGGUAGAGCAAGAACUAUGUCCUCUGACGGUGAUAAUGAUGUCAAAGUUGAGAACUUCGUCGAUUCUUCCGAGGACCAGGCCGAGGACUUCGAAUCUGAGCUCCUCGUCACGGCCUUUUGGAAAGCGGUUGACCUUUGCCCACUAGACGUGAAGACGAAGGUGGUGCAGAACGUCGUCCUGUGCGGCGGACAGAGCGGCGCGAUUGGGUUUUUCCCGAGACUGGCGGAGGAGCUCCAGAAAUCCGUCACAGAAGCAGUUUUGGAGCGGCAGUUUGCGAAAAAAAUGGCGAAAAAAGCGUCGUCGAAAACAGGGAGGAAAGACUCGGUGGACAAUAGUGCGAAAAUGGGUACUGGUGAACAAAUCGCUUUAUCCCCAACAUCGAAACAACCGAGCAAGAAACUCCUCAACCGCGGGCUCUACGACAUCAAAUUUGCCCGGAUCGACACCGUUCCGCCACUGACCCGGAUUUGGACCGGCGCGAGCUUAUUUGGCUCCGUGGUCGCGGUGACAUCUCAGCCGAAUUUGCCGUCGUCGGGGAUAGGAGCGAGUGCUGCUGGUGGCGGGAGCAGGGGGAGUGGUGUUGAUGGUGGGACAAAUAUUCCUGGGGAGUACACGAUGGAACAGUACAAAAAUGGAGAACCCAUACCAGAUUGGUGCGUGCAAAGUUGCGCAUGAUGAUGAUGUAGUUGAUGAUUCAUGCUGGUCGCGAAAGGAAGGUUGUGAUGGAAUACAAAAGUGAGAAAAACAAGAAACACGCCUGUUCC